AUGUGUUCAUUGAGCUGCUCUCCCCUGAUAAAGAAGAGAGGUCUGCUGGACGGAGAAAGAGGGUCUGAAGAGGUGACUGUCACAUUGAAAGAGGAGGAGACAGGAGAUCUGAUUAAGACCCUAGAGAGACCAGACUCUCCCUCUGACAGCGGGAAGAGUCCUUCAGGGGAACCAGACCCAGAGACGCCCAAACCAGCCAAACGACAUCACUGCUCGCACUGCGGAAAGAGUUUUACUAAGUUACGAAACCUAAAAGAGCAUGAGAGGACACACACAGGAGAAAAGCCUUUCCACUGCUCCCAGUGUGGAAACUGUUUUAGUCAGUUAGGGAGCCUGAAAAUACACCAGAGAAUACACUCUGGAGAGAAGCCUUAUCACUGCUCCCAUUGUGGAUUGACUUUUACCUGGUUAGGGAGCCUGAAGUCACAUGAGAGAAUACACACAGGAGAAAAGCCCUACCACUGUUCCCACUGUGGAAAGAGUUUUAGGUGGUUAGAAGGCCUGACAAAGCAUGAGAGGACACACACAGGAGAAAAGCCCUACCAAUGCUUCCACUGUGGAAAGAGUUUUACUCAGUUGGGGAACCUGAAAUCACAUCAGAGGAUACAUACACAGGAGGAGAAGACAUACCACUGCUCUAAUUGUGGAAAGACAUUUUCCCGGGCAGAGGACCUGAAAUCACAUGAGAGAAUAGAGAGGCUGUGUUCUGACUUGUGUUUUUGAUUGAGAAUUUGUGUUUUUGUUCAUGCCAAAUGAAAUCGUAUUGUUUAUUUGAAAUCAUUUUUAAAAAAAGAGCUUUACUUUUGUUUUAGUUUUUUCAUCUGGAGACCUGAUCAUGUCUAAAAUCAAAUCAAAUAUUUUAAAAUAUGUUU